GCAAAAUAAAGAGUUUGCGCAACGGGCGAGCUGAAAAGCCCAGACGGCCGUGAUGAGUCAGUCAAACGCGCCAGAAUAAAACGCCUCAGUACCGCUCGCUCGCCCGCCCGCGGAGAACCGAACCAUUGGAAACCCUUGGGCGAGAGAGACUGCGCGCUUGAGCCGUUCCAGUCAAGCAAGCACUAUGCUUCCAGACAUAAUACCAGAGACGCGCGAUCCGAGCAUAAGCAGCAGUCGCGUGUCCCAGGAGAUCAGCGACGAGGCCAAGUCGUUCGAAGGCGCUGGUGGUGGUAUUCUGCAGGUUGAUCAGCCGUUCCCGUCAAUCGGUGGCGGCAAGCCUUUCCCGCCGCAGAUCUCUGACCCGGAGGCCUAUGCCGUGGAUUUUGAUGGGCCUAAUGACCCUUUGAGUCCGUAUACUUGGAGCACAACGCGCAAGUUCUUCACCGCCUGCAUCGUCUGCUUCGGCACCUUUGUCGCCUCAUUCGACAGCGCGCUCUUCGCCGCCGGCAUCAAGCAAGCCAGCGCCGAAUUCAACGUCAGCAACGAAGUUGGGAUCCUGGGCACCAGCCUCUACGUACUCGGCUUCGCAUUCGGGCCGCUAGUAUGGGCGCCAGGGUCGGAGCUAAUCGGGCGACGCUGGCCCAUCAUCGUGGGCAUGUUCGGGUGCAGCAUCUUCACCGUCGCGUCCGCGACAGCCAAAGACAUCCAAACGCUGAUCAUCUGCCGCUUCUUCUCGGGCGUGUUUGGCGCGAGCCCGCUGUGCAUCGUGCCCGGCGUGCUGGUCGACAUCUACAGCAACGUGUACCGCGGCGUCGCCAUCACGCUGUACUCGCUGACGGUGUUUACGAGCCCGUUCGCCGCGCCGUUUAUUGGUGGGUUUGUGAGCGCGAGCGUCCUCCGCUGGCGCUGGACGCUGUAUCUGCCGGCGCUGCUCGGGUUCCUCGACACGCUGCUGCUGCUCGUGUUCCUGGAGGAGACGUUCGCGCCCUUCCUCCUCGUCGAAAAAGCCUCCCGCAUCCGUAAGCAGACAAACAAUUGGGCCAUCCAUGCCGCGCAGGAGAAGGUCGAGUUCGACCUCCGCCGCACCGUGCGCAACUACUUCACGCGUCCGCUGCGCAUGCUGCUCACCGAGCCCAUCGUCCUGCUGGUGUCGUUGUACAUGUCCUUCAUCUACGGCCUUGUCUACUGCCUCCUCGAAGCGUACCCCUACGUCUUCGAGGAGGUCUACGGCAUGAGCCCCGGCGUCGGCGGUCUGCCGUUCAUAGGCCUCAUCAUCGGGAUCCUGCUUUCGCUUGUCUUUAUCCUCUCGCAGCAUGGCGACUAUGUCAAGAAGCUCGCGGCUAAUGACAACGUGCCUGUGCCCGAGUGGCGGCUUCCGCCCGUUAUUGUGGGCGCUUUUGUAUUCACUGCCGGGCUCUUCUGGUUCGCCUGGACGGCCUACACCCCCAUCAUCCACUGGAUGGCGCCAACCGCGUCGGGCGUCCUCGUCGGCUUCGGCCUCUUGUGCAUCUACCUGCCCUGCUUCAACUACCUCGUCGAUUCGUACCUGCACUUAGCCGCCUCAGCCGUAGCAGCAAACAUAAUGCUACGCUCAUCAAUCGCAGCAGGCUUCCCGCUAUUCUCCCGCCAAAUGUUCGCGAAUCUCGGCGUGCAGUGGGCGGGCACGCUGCUGGGUUGUUUGGCGGCGGUCAUGAUUCCGAUUCCGAUUGCGUUUAAGAUCUAUGGGCCUGCUAUUCGGGCGAGGAGUAAGAUGUCUGCUUGAUGCGUGCGUGGGUGUGGGUUGAUUUGGACUUUGUAUGGCUUUUGUGGGUUUGUGUAAGUUGGGCUGAAGAGAGGGCGUUUGGUGGGCGUUUGGUGGGCGUGGGAGGGAGGGCUCUGCAGAGCUUGCUAAAAGAGGAGGACUGGGGUGGUGUGGGGUUGAGGAAGGGUUAUGAGUAAUGUGUUUGGGAUAACGUUUUAAAGCAGGAUUAUAGGAUGACUAAUGGCGCAGGAGAUAAUCAAAGUACCUGAUGGACGAAAGUACACAGUCAGCGAGCU